AAUAUCCAUAAUUGGCCCCAGAAAUACAUUCUGCUAAAGUCUGUAACCUAGUUUGUGUAUUUUCAGUAUUUUUGUGAUAGUCAGUGUAGUUGGAAUUUAAAGAAACGUGCAGACGGAACCACAUGUUGUUUGUUGUUGUUGGUAACCGGGGACAUUUUCCUGAUGCACUCAAAUGUUCACGUACCGAACGAUUAGCGUUAGCACCAUAGCACUAGCAUCACUAGCAUUAGCUGUUAAGAGAGCGAGCCUGCAGUAGCCUGAAACUGUUUGUUUUUUAACUCGUACAUGAAAGACCGGCCAUGCAUUUUGAAAGUGUUAAUUAAAACAUUAUUUCUUGACUAAUGUUCGCGUGUCGUACUCUCGGUUCACCCUCAUAUCUGGUUUCUGCUAACGUUAACGUGAGGUUUUCAUUUGUGUGCGGACCGGAGCGGAGCGCUGGUUAACGUGAACAACAAACCCUGAAUAGUGAUUGUGCACCUGUUGUCGGUAUGCACUGAUACUUUGCUACGUGUGCAUGUGCGAACCACACUGAAAACAAACAACCCGUAACUAUAUUGCUGCAGUUGAAUCAAUUGGCUCAUCUUAGGCCCACGGGAUGGCUGCUAGACCUGCAGCCGGACCAAGCACCUCCAACACGGACCUCCUAGAUCUUUACGGUGACCUCAAUCAAAACGACGAGGAUUUGGACAGAAUUGCUGAAGCAAAUGAACUUUUUGAUGCUGUUCUAACUGGCUCAGUCGAUCGGGACAAAAAAGUAAAUUCAAAUGUGGUGCCUCCUAACAAGACACUACCUAAAGAGGAGUCAAAAGCAACAACAGUGAAAAGCCAACAAGGAAGAUGCACUCUAAGGAGACUGUCUUUAUAUAUUGGAAAUUUCCCCUGGUGGACAUCUGAUAAGGACAUCACGUACAUGGCUCAAACAUUGGGUGUGAAGGACAUCAAAGAGAUUAAAUUUGCUGAGAACAAAAUUAAUGGCCAGUCAAGAGGCUUUGCAGAAGUGGUGGUAACCUCGGAAGAGUCAUUGAAAAUAUUGUUGGAAAAAAUACCCCACUGUGAGCUCAAUGGGGAUAAGGUAGACUGUCGCUUUGCUACUCGCCAGAACCUCGGUGUGUUUGAGGACAUAGCAAAUAAACGUAUACCACUGCGUGUUAAUUCCAAAGAUCCUAAGGAGUCAGAUUCUUCGGAUAAGAUUCCCUCUUUAUUAUCACAGGAGCCCAGUCCUCCCCCUUUACCUCCUCUUUUUCCAUCACAUCCACUUGCAAACAGGUUUCCCUCAUUUCCCGGCCCUUACUUAAAUCAUCCACCUCCUCCUUUCCCACAUAUGCCACCAAACAUCCCUCCACCCAUGCCACCCCCUUUGUUCCCUCCUCAUCCAAUCCAUGUUCCCAGCCAACCAUUGCCCAGUCUGCAUGUAAAUCCGGCAUUUUUCAACCCGGCACCAGACGGGCACAGCAGCCAAGCCUACAGCCAACAAAAACACACACCACGAAAUACAGAUAGAGAUUUUGAGGAGCUGAUGAACAGAAAUAAAGCCGUUGCCAGCAGUGCCAUCAGCAAGGCUGUGUCUGGAGCCACAGCUGGAGACUUGCGGGUUGCCAUGGAGACUCUAUUAACUGCCAUUGCCAUCAUUAAGCAGUCCAGAGUGUAUGGAGAUGAACGCUGCCAAGCCCUGGUCACCUCUUUGAAGGACUGUCUAGUCUCCAUCCAGGGCAACUAUGGCUACAGGAGUAGCAGUCGUUCUGGGGAAGAAGAACGAGACCGGGACAGGGGUCGCGACAGAGACCGAGAGCGUGAUCGUGAAAGAGAACGUGACAGAGAAGACUCUUCUGGUUGGGAAGGUGCAGGAAUGUCCCGGAGACACAGACAACGCUCCCGGAGCGGGGAGAGGGACAAGGAACGCUCCAGAGAACGGGAAAGGCACAGAGAGUACAGAGACAGAUACCGCUAACCUGGUCACCAUGCUCAACCUUCUGGACUUUAAUCAUGAUCUUACAGCGUCACGUAAACCCAUCAUUUUUGUUUAUAAAUGUCUCCUACCUAGGCUGCCUCAGUAUAUCGGGUCUCAGUUCAAAUGUAAAAUGAAUGUUCAAAGGACUGACUAACUCUUGAAACUGAACUUGAGCAGACUGCCUCGAGUAAUUUGCCACAUAUGAAUAAAAUUAACUUGAAAAGACUUAAACUUGAAAGUGUCACCACAUUGAAAUAAUUUAAACACAGCUAUUUAUUAAACCAAGCUAUUUUGGGCCUUUUUAAUCGAUGUCUAUCAUUGUUUUUGAUGCUAUUUGUAUGAGCUUGUGUUCCUGUUGUGUCUUAGCUCUGUUCUAUUUAUUCUGCUGUACUCGGGUCUCUCUUGCAAAACAGAUUUUGAUCUCAAUGAGACUACCUGAUUGAAAAAAUGUCUAUAUUUGUAAAAAGCUUCAACAAACACGAUUCAAAAUGUGCUUUAAUUUUAGUCUUUAAGGUAGAGAAUUAAGAAAUCAUUGGAAUAUGACUGAUAGCAAAUUUAAAAGAGGUUAAAAUAUUAGUUAUUGUGAUUGAAUACAUUUUGUUAACAUAGAAUAAUUUAUAAAAUCACAUGCAUAUUAUUUUUCUUUGCUCAACUUUUUUAUGGAUGUCCGUAUUGUCUCAUUUGGUAAAAGAAAUGCUUCAGGCCAAUAGUUAUUUUAGGCAUGUGAUUCAUUUCUAAAAAACAUCCUGAAAAUUAUGCCUUUUUUUCU